AAACUGCACAGCUUUCCUUCGACGAUGAUGGGAAUCCUUUUAAAGGGGUUGUUGGCGACCGUGAUGCUUUGCCGGUGGAACGGCAUUGCGUUUACAAUUGCCUCUGGCCGCUUGGGAGGUUCUCCAAAGCGUCCUUGGGGUCACUGCGUAAACACAAGAGCCAGCAUUAUAUCGACAGUCAACCCAGAAAUAAAUCAAUGGCACUGGUUCCAUACAGUUCGUGGGGGAGCUUUUCCUGUUGCUUCAUCUUCGUCGCCCUCGCCGCCUGCUCCCCCUGGACAAAGCAUGUUUAAGACGUUGAGAACAACGCCAGUGGAAGGAAUGAAGCCAGGCACCUCCGGUCUUCGCAAGAAAGUAAAAGUCGUUCGAGAUGGACUGUACCUCCAUAAUUUUGUUCAAGCGCUUUUCGACUCGCUGCCACCGCACGAAAAGGAAGGGGCAACGAUGGUGGUGUCUGGAGAUGGACGCCAUUACAAUCGGGAGGCGAUCCAAAUCAUCAUUGAAAUUGCGGCCGCAAAUGGCGUAGGACGUCUAUGGAUCGGUAAAGGAGGAAUCAUGUCUACGCCUGCUGUCUCUGCUGUCAUUCGUGAGCGAGAAGGCGGCACUGCCAUGGGGGGCAUUAUCUUGACAGCCAGCCAUAAUCCCGGUGGCCCGGAGGAGGACUUCGGGAUCAAGUACAACAUGCAAAACGGGGAGCCGGCCUUGGAGUCAUUUACGGAUGCAGUCUAUGCCGCUACGUUGAGCAUCGAGGAAAUUAAGAUCCUGGCCAAUGCCCCCAAAGUAGAUUUGGAUGUCUUGGGUGUGACGCGAGUCGGAGAGAUGGUGGUGGAGGUGAUCGAUCCGGUCCAGGAUUAUCUAGGCGUGUUAAAGGACGCGUUUGAUUUUGAGGCACUUAGAAAAUUCAUUGCUCGCCCGGGUGGCUUCAAGCUUGUCUUCGACGCAAUGCACGGCGUUGCGGCUCCGUACGCCCAGGUCGUGUUGGGCAAGGAGCUGGGAUGCCCUCCCUCGACUUUCCUGCAUGCGUCAAGCAAAGAGGAUUUCGGAGGCUUGCACCCCGAUCCGAACUUGGCCUAUGCCUCAGACCUGGUAAAAGUGAUGGGCUUGUUGCCCAGUGGUGCCCCCGAUCCAUCGAUGGUGGAGGACAAGGACGUGCCAGACCUAGGGGCCGCUGCCGACGGGGACGCGGACAGGAACAUGAUCCUUGGAAAGCGUUUCUUCGUCACCCCUUCCGACUCCCUAGCCCUGAUCGCUGCGAACGCGGAUGCGAUCCCUUUCUUCCGGGAGCAAGGCGGUUUGAGGACUGUGGCGCGGUCCAUGCCUACCAGUCAGGCAGUGGACCAAGUGGCGCGGGCGAAGGGCUUGACCUGCGUCGAAACGCCGACGGGGUGGAAGUACUUUGGAAAUUUAAUGGACGCGCGGGCCUUGGGCAGUGCCCAAGAUUACGUCCCCAUCUUGUGCGGGGAGGAGAGCUUCGGGACGGGCAGCAACCAUGUGCGUGAAAAGGACGGGAUGUGGGCUGUGCUGGCAUGGUUGUCUAUCUUGGCUUCCCACAAUCCUAACCCGGAGGCGCCGUUGAAGCCGAUCAGCGCGAUCGUUCAGGAGCAUUGGGCAAUCUAUGGCAGGAACUAUUACUGCCGGUACGACUACGAAACGGUCGACUCGGACGCGGCAAACGCCAUGAUGGCCCAUCUACGGGAGCCUGAUUUCAAGCCGGGGCCGGUCCUCGACGGCUUUGUCCUGGCAGAGGUGGACGAUUUCUCCUACAGUGAUCCUGUGGACGGUCGUCAGGCUGUCAAGCAAGGUGUCCGCUUACUGUUCGAAGAUGGGAGCCGGGCAGUCUUCCGUCUUUCAGGCACCGGGUCGUCGGGAGCAACCAUUCGGAUGUACCUAGAAAGGUACGAAGCGGAUGUGAGCAAACAAGGGAUGACAAGUUCAGAGGCUUUGAAGCCACUAGCGGACUUUGCGAUCAAACUAGCAAAGCUGGAGCAUUACACAGGGCGGAGGGCGCCAACCGUGAUUACUUGAAGAUGGUGCCAAGUCAUUGAACGGAUGUAGAACAGGAUGCAUGGCUGCUGCAAGGCUGUUUGUGCCAACGCCGCAAAUGGAAAAGAAAGUAAGAAAAAAAAUCCUACACAGACAA